CGAGGAAGUUGAUUCUUUGAUCACAUGACAGACAUCAUAAUAAAGAUGGCGGCGCCCGCACCUCCCACUGAAAGUCCUGGAAUGGAAAACCAGACUACUUCACAAGCCCCAUCUGGCGACUCGACUCAAAAUGGUCCCAGAUUAUGGGAACGGCCGUGGUCAGUCCAAGAGAUGCGUACCGAGGCCGGGAACUGGUCACUGGCUGGUGAUUCUGGAUUGUUACAACACUUGCAAGAAUUUUCGCAACGGAUGAUUUCAAGGACGCAUGAAAUUGGAAAAGAAGUAGAUGGACUGGUUUAUGAAGCAAAGCUGACCGGUGUCAGGGCAAAUAAUGUCAUCAAUGAUUUUAUCAUGUUGGCAAACACACAGUUUGUGGAGAACAGGGUUUAUGAUGAAGAUGUCAGCCAAGAGACGAACUCAGAGGAGGAGAAAAAAGCCGAGACGCAGGAGAAGACUCGGGAACAGCGGGAGUCUGAGCUAAUCCCGCGGGUGACGACGGCGCUCAAGCUGGGGAUCGAGGUCAUCGACCAGGCGUUUGAACGACUGGACACGGCCGUGGUGGACUCAGACUCGGAGGACGAGGACAACUCUUACAGGGCCGAGCCGAUCCUGGAGGCCAAGGACCCAUAUGUGACGCGACCUUUGCCCUACUUGAUUGGCUCCCCACAGUUUAUCGAAGAUGACAACGUUGGACUCACGGAGGAUGUCUCCAGUGAGGAUGAGGAGUCUGACCAGGGCAGCAUCAGCGUCAGCGAGGACGAGGCGGAGGAACCCGACAGUGAGGACGAGGAGACAGAGUAUUCGUCCUCGGAGGAUUCAGACGACGUGGGCAAGGAGAAAGUCGCGGCUCACAGGAAACAGAGAGCCCUGACCAAGGCCUCGACUGCGACGUACUCCGACAGUGACGCCUCUGACAGUGACGAGGACAUGUUUGCCGUCAAGAAGACGCACAAGAAAAAGUUGGACGACGACGAUGAUGAUGACAGCGAUGAGAGCGACGAAUCGGCCAAAGAGAACGGCAUUGACGAGGAUGAGGAGGAUGUGGAAGGAGAGAAGAAACCAGGGCCUUCAGGUGGACAAAGAGACUUUGCCUCGGAGCUGGCCGCGAAAAUCGGAGCUGCGGUUCCGAAACCUCCGGCUCAGCCGCGCGAGAGCGACGAUGAGGUCGCAGAAAACGGCAGCGAGUGGGGAGACGAGUCGGUCAGCGUCACGCAGUCCAUGAGAAAAGACAGCCGAGUCCAGGAGAAGCAGAAGCAGCCGGAGGAGAAGAAGGGGAAGAAAGGAAGAGACAAGGUCGGCAAGUCCGACAAGGGCAAAGGGAAAGGGAAACAUUCCAAGCGCGUGGAGGAUGAAGAGGCGGAUUUGUUUGGUCAGAGCGAGCGGUACGAGGACGAGGACUCGCCUUUCUCAAAGGGCGGCGGGCUGUUCUCCAGCAGCAAGGGAUUGUUCGACGACGACAACGAUGAUGAGGGCGGUCUCUUUGAUGAUAUUGAAAAACCAGUGGCCUCGAAAGGCAGAGCAGCGACGAAAGAUAAGGAGGAUGGCCUAUUUAAUGAUGAGGACGAGGAGGAAGAGGAGGAGAAAGAAAAACCAGACAGUCGGCCUCGCACCAAGAGUGGGAAAGUGCUGCCCAAAGGAGCCGUCUCCAUCUUCGGUGGUGGAGAUGAUUUCCUGGCCUCGAACAAGGUGGAGAAAUCCUCCACUCACACGGUGAAGAAACCGUCGGCACAACCGGCCGCUGCCGCCGUCGCUAAACCCAGCGGAGGAGGAGGGGGAGGUCUGUUUGACGACGAUGAUGAGGAAGACGAUUUGUUCGGCGGUGGAGCUCCGAAGAAAGCUGCGGCGAAACAAGCUCCAACUGCUGCGUUGACGCAGAAGCCAAAAUCUGCGGCCAAGUCUGACCUGUUUGCCGACGAUGAUGACGAGGAUGAUUUGUUUGGAGGCUUUUCUGCUCCCGCGACCAAGAAGAAGUCUCACAGUAACGCAGGACUCACCGUGGAAGCAGAGGAGGAGGAGGAGGAGAAGAAAGUGGAAGAUAAGCCGCAGAAAAAAGCAGCUCCAGAAAAGAAGCUUCCGGCCGGCGCGGUGUCCAUGUUUGGGAAGGGACCGAAUCCUCUGAUGGCCGCGCUGAAGAAACAGCAGACGCCAGACAGUGAUGAGGAAGACAAGGGGUGGUCGGAGGAGGAGAAGAACUCUCGCAGCUCCAGUGUCCACUCCAGCACCUCGGCCACCGGCCCGGGUGUGAGCAGACUGACCCCUGGCGGAGCGGUCAAGAACUCUCGCAGCUCGUCGGGAGCCAGCAGCAUCUUUGCCGAUGACAACGACGAUGACGACUCACUCUUCACUUCCGGCAAGGCCAG